CCGGCCAUAGUGUCACGUAACUUGCCCUCUCCAUCUUCACGUCCUUGGCCCAUAUCUCUAUUCACUACUUAUCACCCCCUUAGUCCUCGACCUCUAGCAUAUCAAACUUCUUUCUAUCGGUAUGAAUCCAGAAACAGGGACAGGGAUGGCGAAUAGGUCGCCUCCUCCUGACCCAGGUGGUCACGAGGAGGACGACGCUAGAGUUAGGGAACUUCUCCGUCUUUGUUACGAAGAUGGUAUUCUCCCCAGGGAUAUUGACCCAGGGGAGGUGAUGGUACAAGGACGGAAUGUCAGGUUCAAGGUAAAGGACUCUAUUGACAGACUUAAGGUACAGUGGCUAAAGGAGCGAACGAUCACCGUGAUUUUUAGGGAUGCAGCUCGUUUCCUCUCAAGGAACGUGAAGGAAGACCUCAUCAGAGCGUAUGAAGACGAGAAAGUACAGACAGGCGAAUUCGGUGAGGGCUUUAGUAGAGGGAGAGUCAAGAUGGAAAGCCUAAAUGUGGCCUCGUAUGUUGCAAAGAGCACCACCAUCUUUGCCUGGCUCGUGGAAAAGCAGAGUGCGGAAGUGGUAUUGGGAGGGGAUAUGUACAGAAUGGAAUUCAAGCCAUGGCUCACUAAGGAGCAGCUGAGGGAGCAACGAAGAUUGGAAGAUCUCUCGACCUUCUGGGUCGUCGCGGUUCAAGUUCCGUUAGAUGCGAUGUUUUAUUUGGAGGCACAUAUUACACGAGCCAUCGGACCGGUCAUUUUGACGCACCCACCGGAGCGAGACCGUCUGAAGCCGGCGCUCGUCAAUAUCAAGUUCGAUCUCGAUCCGGAGGCGAGACCAAAUAUGAAGGACUCGAUAACGGUGGAUACCUUCGAAGAUGACGAAUUGGAGGUCAGGCUCGCGUCCUCGGAUACUCCUCGCUGUCGAAAGUGCCGUGCGUUCUUCCACACUACCGAUGAAUGCACAAGAGGAGGGCGGUUUCGCCAGCAACAGGGCGGUGUAGGAAGCCAGGGCGGCAGGGAUGAGGCGGCUCAGGAGGCUUCGUCCAGACAGAUAUACUAUGGUCUGUUAGGAAGAGGAGGAGGAAGUGCUCAACCCGCGGCUUCUGCUGUAGGAGGAGGCUUGGCUCAGCCACCGGAUUUGAGUUUUGCAAACAUCUAUCAGAACCCGGCUUUCAUGGCAGUUCCGCAGGCUAUGGAGUCUAACGCGGUUUUGGCCCAACUGCUGCAAGAGCUGGCGCUUGCACAAGCCGGCAGUUCCGUUCCGCUUGGACACCCAGUGGGGGUAGUCCCUCAGAUGGUCAAUCAAAGCCAGGGGGGCGUUUUUCAACCAUAUCAGGAGGUGCGGAGUAUGUCUCUUCCCAGGAGGCGGCCAGGAGGGAGAAUGAGAGGGAGUACCCCCGGGAAGCAUAGAAGAGUAGACAGCGAAGGGCAGGAUGAAGUGCUCAGGGAAGUGUCGGCUUCCUCCCUCCCCGGAUCGGAGGGCUCGGGUGAUCAAGCGACAGUUAUAGGAACUCCAGGAAUGAAGACCACCAGAAGACGAACGCCUGCAGUUUUAACUCGGGGACAGCUGGACAUCGUCGAAAACAGGAUUCUGUCGUUUAUGUGCACCGCGGCAAAGGGGACGCUUUCGGUGGUUGCAUGGAGCGGAGGGGAUGGAGUGUCGGAGCUGUUUAGCACCGCAUCUCCGGAUCAGCCAAUGCCUACCGCAGUUACCAAUGUUAUUCAAGGAGCGGUGAGAGAUAAGUUCCUGGUCCGGCUGAUCCCGGACGAGCCGAUGGGCAGGUUCAUCUUGGACCUGGAAAACGGCAAGAAGCUGAAAUUCUUUGUCCCGAUUCUUGAUGCUCGUAUGGAGCAGGCGCAACUGCCAAAGCUGGAACACGCAGUGAUGAGGCUUCUUCCACUUGUCUGGUUUGCAGAGGGCAGACGGCAGGAACUUCGGAGAAUCAGAGUUCCCCAGUUCUGCACCGGCGAAUUUUUGGUGGAUCUAAACGGCAAGAUGGCAAGGGACAAGAAGUUCAAUUCCAAGUUUAUCAGAGAUUUCCUCGUAACACCAUGGGACCAGUAGUCGUCGUCAUCCGGAACAGCCGCCCCUAUCCAACAAGUAUCUGGGAAUCAGGGCUUGAAUGGGUAGGCUUCGCCUAUCUACAUGGAAUCUACGAGGCUUAGUCGAUCAGUCAGGUAAGUUCAAGAAAGCGAGACUAAAAUCCUGGAUUCACGAUAAAGGCUUCCAUGUUGC